AUAUACAUGUACUCCAAUCUGCUGACCACAUCAUGAAGCUUACCAUUCGUACGCUUGACCAGAAAACAAUCUCCCUGGAGCUGAAGGACGACAAACAAAAUGUGUUACAUCUAAAACAACGGCUGGUGGAGUUACCAGAGAUAUCCCAACCAGUGGACAGUUUGCAGUUGAUCUAUAGUGGUCGCAUUAUGCAGGAUGAUCGACCAAUAUCUGAUUACAAUAUAAAGGAGGACAGGUUUAUAGUGCUGAUGACCAAGAAGAGCGUCAAUACGGUUGAACCCCCGAAGAAGAAUAUAGAGGCAGAGCAAAAGGAAUUACAGCAACCGAAGCCAGGAAACACAGAGCAAUUACGCCCCACAGAGUCACCGCGUCCCGCUGUUGUGCCCGAUGAGCAGCGUGUGCGCGAUCUGGUGCUAAUGGGCUAUGAUGAACCAGACGUGCGCGCUGCCCUACGUGCCAGUUUCAAUCAUCCAGAACGAGCCAUAGAAUACCUAAUCACCGGCAUACCCACGGAUGUACCUGUAGCUCACCAGACACAGACACACGCGAAUGCAAACGCAGCAGAUGCGAACUUGAUUGGCGAGACGGCCGAACGUCUCAACUAUUUGGCAACCGAUCCUCAUUUUGCACAUGUACGUGAUUUGAUACGACAAAAUCCAGAGCUGCUGGAACUGGUCCUGACACAUCUAAGGGAGAGUGAUCCCGCCGCCUUUGAAGCCAUACGCAACAAUCAGGAGGAGUUCAUAUCGAUGCUGAAUUCACCGAUGCCAAUGGCGGCCUCGCUCAAUACCGAGGAGGAGGCGGCUGUGGAGCGUCUGAUGGCGCUUGGCUUUGACCGGGAUAUUGUUGUGCCGGUCUAUCUGGCAUGCGACAAGAACGAGGAACUGGCUGCCGAUAUACUCUUCCGCCAGACCGAUGAGGAGGAUAACUAAUUUUUGUAGGCGGGCAAAUCUAGUUAGUUAAUGGUUCUUUUCAAAUAGUUAUUGAAUAUAUUAAAUUGGCGCUG